AUAGUGCUAAUAUACUUAAUAACAGCCAUAAUAUGACACUUACAUACUUUAUGCGAUCUUAUAUGAUCAACCUUACUGCAUAUAGAGGGAAAACAUAGUUCGUUUUGCACAAAUUGGAGGAACAGGCAUAUAAAAAACCCCUAUUUUCCUCCGUGAGUUGGCCCAGUCUCACAAAGUGAACUUCACUGGUGCAAAGUGGAAGCCUACUGUAAUACUUUGCAUAUUGGGCGCCCUCCUAGCACUAUAUCAACUUGUCACUCAGGUCGGCUGCCCGUUUAGAAUUACAUUUGGACAUCUACCGGUUAGAGUAGCCGUGCGAAAGCGUUAAUCUGACAUUGUUGCUGUAUUUUGAACAGAAUGAUACAGCCUACGUGACCAAGAAUCUGACUCCGCAAUCAAAACCGGGUGUCUACGGAUCUGCAGCAGCUUUCUGUCUGACGACAAAACCCACGUCUGUGCAGAUGCUAACGUUAGCUAUCUUCAAUAUUCGUUGAAAACAUCUAGUUAGCUAACCAGACGACAGGUAUCCAUUCUCAUUCAUUGCAUACGUAGCUAGCUACCUGUGCAUGCUCUGGAUAAUGCAGGUAUUUCAAUAGCUCGUUGUUGUUUACUUGGACACAUCAACUGGCGACAGCACAGCAGACACCACUGGCUAAACCACCUGCGCACACAACCCUCGGUAGGUGCCACUGUCCGUUCUACCACACUGGACUAUCAAGGGCCUUGGAUAGAUACGUGGGUCAACAACGGUGAGAGCAAGUUGAAGUUUACCUGCCUUGCUGUGUAACGGGUUGUUCCAACUCAAAGGAAUAGACACCAGGCAGGUUCCUGUUUGCAAGAAGAGCUCCCUUUAAUUUCUAUCCGACUACCGGCUGAACAUGACGACCAUGGAGUCAAGUGACAACAGCUCAACAGCCGAGCUCAUGAGUCGGUAUGUGUCUUCGGAACUUGGCUACGGGGUACCGAAGGACGGCUGGCGGAUCUGCUUGGCGCAUGAGUUCAAGGAGAAAAGGAAGCCGUUCCAAGCCAAAGAUGUGUCCCUCUCCAACAUCGUUGAACACAUUGGCCUUGGAGUCAGGUAUCUCAAGUGGUGGUAUAAGAAGACUCAAAUAGAGAAGAAGGCUCCUUUCAUUGAUAUGUUCCGAGCCCUUCCCCUGAGACAGAUCUAUGGUGCUCCUCUUGGAGGUAUUGGAGGAGGUACCAUCACGCGAGGCUGGCGGGGGGAGUUCUGCAGGUGGCAACUCAACCCUGGGAUGUACCACUACAAAACUGUCAUCGCUAACCAGGUAUGCUUGGGAAAAGACUGCCUAGCAACUAGUAACACGUUCACGGUGUGCCUGCGUCGGGGCGGUCAGACGGUGUACCAGCAAGUGUUGUCAGUGGAGCGCCCCCCCACGCUGCAGGGCUGGAACUGGGGCUACUGUGGAGAGUACGCCUUCUACCACGCCUUGUACCCCCGGGCCUGGACAGUCUACCACCUCCCUGGGCAGAACGUCACCCUCACCUGCAGACAGGUGUCACCCGUCAUCCCCCACGACUACCAGGACUCCAGUCUCCCCGUGGCGGUGUUUGUGUGGGACAUAGAGAACAAGAAUGACUACCCGCUGGACGUCUCCAUCAUGCUCACCAUGGUCAACGGGUCAGGCCACAAGGACGACAAGAGCGGGGGCCACUGGAACGAACCAUUCCACCUGGAGAAGGAGGGGGAGUCAGUGUCUGGAGUGUUGCUUCAUCACUGCACCACAGUGAACCCCUACACUCUGUGCAUGGCAGCGCGAGAACAGUCUGACAGGGAGAUCAGCCACCAGACAGCGUUCAGUCCAAAGGGAACCUGUGGGGCGCUGUGGUGUGACCUCAUCACUGAUGGACGGCUGGACUCCCCCACUGGUUCCAGCCCUCCCACCCAGAAGGGAGAGAAGGUGGCAGCAGCCCUGGCAGUGGGCUGUUCAGUGCCGUCUCAGGGCCACAACGCUCUGGAGUUCAGCUUGGCAUGGGACAUGCCUAACAUCACCUUUGGCUCCAGGGAGAGGGAACACGUCAGGAGGUACACGCGUUUCUUUGGUACCAAGGCAGACGCGGCUCCCUCUCUCAGCCACUACGCGCUGACACACUACAGACUAUGGGAGAGGAGUAUUGAGGAGUGGCAGAGACCCAUACUGCAGGACAGCUCUCUCCCGUCCUGGUACAAAUCGGCUCUGUUCAACGAGCUAUACUUCGUGGUGGACGGGGGGACGGUGUGGACGGAGCUGCCCGAGGACAGUGAUGUCAGUGGGGGGCUGCGGAGCGAGGACGGGGGGCUACCCGCCCAGCCUGCCAUCAUCAAGGAGUAUGGUCGCUUCGCCUACUUAGAGGGUCAGGAGUACAGGAUGUAUAACACGUACGACGUGCACUUCUACGCUUCCUUUGCACUCAUCAUGCUAUGGCCCAAACUAGCCCUCAGCCUGCAAUAUGACAUUGCUGGCAGUGUGGUUUCGUGUGACCCGACUGAAAGACUCCAUCUGAUGAGUGGCAGAAAUUCUCCCGUGAAGACUAAGAAUGUAGUCCCUCACGACAUAGGAGACCCAGAUGACGAGCCGUGGCAGCGUGUCAACGCCUACCUGAUCCACGACACGGCCGACUGGAAGGACCUGAACCUGAAGUUUGUCCUGCAGGUCUACAGAGACUUCCACCUGACCCAGGACCCACAGUACCUCCAGGACAUGUGGCCCAUCUGCCAGGCCGUGAUGGAGUCAGAGAUGAAGUUUGAUACGGACGGCGAUGGUCUGAUAGAGAACUCUGGCUACGCCGACCAGACCUACGACGGAUGGACUGUAACAGGACCUAGUGCGUACUGUGGGGGUCUGUGGCUAGCCUCUGUGUGUGUGAUGUGUAAAAUGGCCAGGCUGGUGAACAAUGAGACUGCCUUCAAUCGCUUCAGAGACAUACUAGACCGGGGGAGCGCUGCCUUCGACAAACUGCUGUGGAAUGGCCAGUACUACAACUACGACAGUAGUGGACGGGAUCUCUCCAACAGUGUGAUGUCAGACCAGUGUGCCGGCCAGUGGUUCCUACGGGCAUCUGGAUUGGGAGAUGGCCAGUUUCAGGCCUUUCCUAAGGAGAAGAUUUGCAGUGCACUGAAGUCUGUGUUUGACCUGAACGUGAUGAGUUUCGCUGGGGGUCAGAUGGGUGCGGUCAACGGUAUGAGGCCGGAGGGGGUGCCUGACCACUCCAGUGUCCAGUCAGACGAGGUGUGGAUCGGCGUGGUGUACGGACUGGCCGCUACUAUGAUCCAUGAGGGUAUGUUGGAGGAGGGUCUACGUACAGCGGAGGGCUGCUACCGGACGGUGUGGGAGCGUCUGGGCAUGGCCUUUCAGACCCCGGAGGCCUACUGUGAGAAGGGCAUCUACCGCUCCCUGGCCUACAUGAGGCCUCUCAGCAUCUGGGCCAUGCAGCUGGCCCUGGACACCUCACCACCACGUGACCAGGCUCCCCAGACCACCACCACACCUGCUGACCAGGCCCCCCAGACCACUACCAUACCUACUGACCAGGCCCCCCAGACCACCACCACUACCACCACCACACCUGCUGACCAGGCCCCUCAGACCACCACCACUACCAUACCUACUGACCAGGCCCCCCAGACCACCACCACUACCACCACCAUACCUACUGACCAGGGCCCCCAGACCACCACAAUACCUACUAAGACGGAGGGAGAACCAGGACAGAAGGAGAGUCAGGACCAGGUUCACAUUCAGUAGGCUAAACGUUAUCGAAAGUAGCCGAUUGCACCACAGAGACUGAGUUGCUCGGACAAGGACAGAGGGGAUACCAGGGGAAGAUCUCAAUUGCAUACUCCUCACGUCCUCUCUCGCCUCGUCUCGUUCCCAAAACCCAUUGGAUGAGAAAGCCAGACGUUCCUCCCCUCUGACCUUCUCCUCCAAUGGGUUUUGAGAAUGAGACGAGGAGAGCGGACGUGAGGAGAAUGCAACUGAGAUCUUCCCUAUGAGAGGAGGGGAGUUAGGACCAAGGCCACGUUCAGAAGCCUAAAUGUUGUUGAAAGAUGCAUAUAGAACUGUUAUGAAUAGACCCGAUAUGAUUCAUUCUUCUAUGUCAGAGAGAUGUGUUAGUUCUACCUAACAUAUUUAUAUCUGAAAGUGCCACAAUGUUGUGCCCUGCUGAACACACCCCUGGACCAGACUGGUGUGGAUGAGGCGAGACUGAAAAAAGGUGUUGUCCCAGAAAACGGAGGAAGUCAAACUGAAGAACUACAACAUUUUGAUUCUCUAAAGAUUCCAAGUUCCAGAAUCUAAUGACUGACCCUUGACCUCUGGCUGUCUGUGAUCUCAUUCUACAUGGAGUUUACAACGCAACAACAUCAUGUUCCACUGGUUGCCUCUGUAGACACACACACACACACACACACACACAUCCUGCACACACAAUCAUAAAUAGUCAAGCUUGCAUAUACAGAACAACACAAUCUCAUAUGCAAAGUGUGACAAUGACUAUCUGUAUAUCACUGUAGCAGCUAUAAUGAAAUUACAGUCUUAAUUUGAAUGAGAAUAUGUUUAUUAUUUCAGACUUCUACAUGCAGGUUUAACCAAGGGUAGACCGACUGAGUCUAGAAGGACUUAGAAUAAAGACUUGAAUACAAAA